AUAUGCGAGCGCAUAGCAUUAAUAGCAUACCUGGAAAUGAGAUUAAGAAAAUAGCAUCAUAUCCGAGUUCAUACAUCCUCCUGCUUAUCUUGCACUCCGGAUGUUAGAUUUUUCUUUUUGUAUAAAUUGGGGACAAAAGUUCGUUUUCUGCAUCAAUCUUAGGAACCUUGUCCUAAGAAAUUCAAACAUUUCGACAAAUUUAAUUUUAAAAAAAUAACAAAAUGAAGGUUAUUCUUUUAACGGCUUUUGCGGUCUUGUUGGUGGCGUCAGUAGCUGCAAAGUCAAAAGAUCACCCUCAUGGAAGCGAUGUGGGAGACAAGUUGCCCCCAAAGGUGACCACGCCUGUACCAUCAAACAGCACUAGUGUAGCCCACAGUCGUGAAGAUAGAAGAGUCCGUGGCGGGGGCAACAAUAACAACAACAAUAACAACAAUGGGGGUGGUCGCGGAGGAAAUAAUAACAACAACAAUAACAACAAUGGGGGUGGUCGUGGGGGUAAUAACAAUAACAAUAACAACAACAAUGGACGCUUUUCUCGACGAAUCGGUGGUAACAACAAUAACAACAAUAAUAACAAUGGGGGUGGCCGCGGAGGAAAUAAUAACAACAAUAAUAACAACAAUGGAGGUGGUCGAGGAGGAAAUAAUAACAACAACAAUAACAACAAUGGACGCUUUUCUCGAAGAAUCGGGGGCAACAACAAUAACAAUAACAACAACAAUGGGGGUGGUCGAGGAGGAAAUAAUAACAACAACAAUAACAACAAUGGGGGUGGUCGUGGGGGUAAUAACAAUAACAAUAACAACAACAAUGGUGGUGGGCGUGGCGGAAAUAACAACAACAAUAACAACAACAAUGGACGCUUCUCGCGUUGA